AUGGCUAUAAACGGCUAUAAAGGUUCAAAAGGCCAAAAGCCCCAUGCAUCCACUAAAUCAGUUCGCUCAUCCACUCAAUCAACACCUGGACCCCAUGCAUCCAUUAAAUCAGUUCGAUCAUCUACACUGCACCCAUUUACAUCAGAAUCGGUACAUGAAGUUACGUCACAAGUUUCACACUCGGAUACUUCUAGCACACAUUGCAACACUGAUGGCACAUCCAAGGGUAAGAGAGGACGUGGGAAGUCACGAAGCCUCAAAUUGGCCAAGCUAAAAAAUCAAGGGGUGCGAUUGCCUAUUCAGAUUUGUAAGGUUAGUGGACGACCAUAUGGUGAAGCAUCUGAAAAAUUUACCAGUGAAUUAGGGAUUGUCACUAGGCAAUUUGCCCCACAAAAUGUGCCAUCGUGGACUGAUAUUAGUGAAGAGGAUAAAGAAACAUUGGUUGCAUACCUUCAGGAAGGUUUUAAGUUUACCAAUGAACCCUAUGCUAUCGAAUCUAUCCUCAAUUUGAUGCACGACCGGUAUAAGAGCUAUCGCCAUGACCUACGACAACGCUUUAGAAGGUUCCCUACAAUGGAAUCUGCCCUUGCGGAUCCACCCGAAAACAUGGAAAAAGAGACGUGGAAGUUUUUGUGCGAAAAGUGGUCUGACAAGGACUAUAAGGUGAGAUGUGGCAAGAAUAAGUUGAAUCGGGAGAAGUUGAAAGUCCUCCACACUGCUGGCUCAAAGGCCUUCAGAAAAGUGCAAUAUGAUGAGCGAGACCGUGCCACUGGAGAGGAACUUGGACUUGUUGAGUUGUACAAAAAGACGCAUUUUAGUGAGAAAAAAGAGGCAUGGGUGCAUGCUGAUGCUGAGAUUAGACAUUACAAGCUUGAAAAGCGGCAAGAGAAAGCUAUUGAAGAAGGAUCUUGCCCGAUAUCUGAUGAGCAACUUUCUAUUGAGGUAUUUGGACAAAAAGUUGGCUACAUACGCGGCUUAGGGCGUGGUCGAAAACCAAGUACAACAUUAUCUGGAAAACUUACCCGUGCCCAACUCGAGAGGGAUAAUGAGGCUGCUACAAGGGAGGCUGAAGAGCAACGAAGAAUCAAUGAGGAGCUGGUGGGAAGAAUUCAAAUCUUGGAGUCUGAUCGCACGGAAUACAAUGCCAAAGUCGACUUCUUGAUGCAGCAGAUCAGUCGAAGAGUACCCUCUACUGAUUCUUCUUCUUAGUCCUGCAGGCUUGCGUCGAUUUAAAGCUUGGGAGCUCUCUGCUAGAUUUUGAAUGCCAUUUUAACGAAACCAUUGAGAAGAAGAUGCGAUGAGUUGAGUUGAGUUGUUUUGUUAUGUAGGUAGAUAUAACUCCAAUUACAAUCUGUUCAUU